GGCGAGAUUAAAGGAUUCGCAUGCAGUGCAUCCUAAGAACAUCGAAUCCCGACACCAUGGAAGUUCGCGCUCUUAGCCUAGUGCUCCUGUGUACGUUUGUCACGGUCAUUUUCGGAUUGCCGACGUUACCAGAGCCAGCUGUAAAUGCACACGAGGAACGCACAUUAUCGACCGAGCUGCAACCGCCCGCGCCGUCCUUAGACGAGAAGGAAGAGUAUUCUACAAUCUAUAUAAUUAAUUUGUACGCUGUAAAAAAUAGCAGCAGCAAUGUAUCGGAGGAAAUGUUUCAAAAUGAAGUCGUAGAAACGUUACCUGACAUAAUAGAGCCAUUAGUUUCUGUCAUCCUAGUAGUAGAAGAUAACGAAAAUGAAGAAUCAGAAAAUCAUCGACCUGUCGACCUCGACAAAUUUGCGGAGGGAUUGGAAGACGAAGGUUUCAAGGUCGACAAGAUCGAUUUCAAGAGCAAAACGAAAGUGCUUAAGAUGAAAUUGGAAAAGGCGGAGGCACAGAGUAUGAUAGACUCGGCUUUGAAGGGUGAUCAGAAGAAAUUCCGUCAAAAGAGGUCCUACUGUAUGAGAUGUGGAAGAUAUGGAGGACAUGGGCAACAAGGUUAUACAGCAGUGAUACCAGUUGUACUUGUACCUGUUUCUACAGGACAUUAUGGUCAUGGUGGUCAUCAUGGUGGUCAUCGUGGACGCGGCGGCUGUUGCGGUGGUGGAGGUGGCGGAUAUGGUGGUGGAGGUGCGUAUGCUUCCGCCCAAGCGUCAGCCCAAGCUGGAAGCUGGGGAAGAAAAAAAUGAACAGACUAUACAUAAUCACGUAAACAUGUUGCAUCGCUGAGAUUAAUGAUUUAUGCUGCCUUCAUGUAUAAUACACAUGCAUGUACAGUACAAAAAACAACGUAGAUUUUUGGAAUGCUAUAAAUCAUUACAUAAAUAAACGUUAUGAGUAUCAAUACAAUAUCCAAAAAUAACCUUAAAAUAUUGUAAUGCGUUUCCUCCUCAUCCGUUUGUAUAACAUACUUGUGUAACUGGCGCACAGUAGUCGUGAAUAAAUAACAAAACAGGUUUGGCUCUAACAAAAA